AUGAUUGCCUUCAUGCUCAUCGUGAGCCUCCUCCUGGCUCUGGCUACAGCCAACACCACUGCCAACGCUAUCACCUGCGCCAAGGGCGCUCAUCUCGUCGUUGCCCGCGGCAGCCUCGAGCCUCAGGGCCCUGGUGCGAUGGGGGUCCUCGCUGAGGAAAUCCUCAAGCUUAUCCCUGGGUCUGACAUGGAGGCCCUCGUCUAUCCUGCCCUGUAUGCUGACUCCGAAGGUUUUCCCAGCUCCCUUUCUCAGCCAGCCUAUAUCACCGACAACAUUGCCGCCAUCAUUGCCAUGGGUGAUCCAAGUCUCACCGAAGGGCAGCCAUUCCUUGUCGGAACGAGUGAAGGCAGUGGUAUCUUCCCACGUAAACUUCCCAUCGGCUGCAAUGCCAUCGCUAGCAAGACCGUCUCCAUCUGCGACAAGGGCGACCCGUACUGCGAGGCCAGUGGUAAGGAUCUCUCCGUACACUUGAGCUAUAUCAAGAACUACGGAGAGUUCACCGUCGGCCAUGUAGUCAAGGCGUGGAAGUCCCGUAACUGA